AACAAAAGAAUCCUCCCGACUCACCCAACCCAAACCCAACCCAAGAAACACCCAUACAAGAAGAUUGAAACAGAAAGAAAGAGAAAGAAAGAGAGGAAGAACCAUGGAAAACGGUUGCAGAGUCCUCAUUCCAAUUCUUGUGAUACAACUUCUGGCAGUUCUGUGUGCUUCAUCACAGGAUUUUGAUUUCUUCUAUUUUGUUCAACAGUGGCCAGGGUCCUACUGUGACACAAGGAGAAGCUGUUGCUACCCAACCACAGGAAAGCCAGAUGCAGACUUUGGCAUUCAUGGGCUUUGGCCCAACUAUGAUGAUGGGUCCUAUCCUUCUAACUGUGAUAGCAGUACAAGAUUUGUUGCAUCUGAGAUCUCAGACUUGACAAGUAGUCUGCAAAAGUACUGGCCUACACUUGCCUGCCCAACCAGCAAUGGUUUGAAAUUCUGGUCUCAUGAAUGGUUGAAACACGGGACCUGUGCAGAAUCUGUCUUUGAUCAACAUGGAUACUUCGAAGCAGCUCUCAAUCUUAAGAAACAAGUGAACCUUCUCCAAGCCCUUGAAAAUGCAGGAAUCAAACCAGAUGGGAGGUUCUACAGUGUAGAGAAAAUUAAGGAAGCCAUUAAAGAAGCCACUGGAUUCACUCCUGGAAUAGAAUGUAAUGUUGAUAGCUCAAGGAACCAUCAACUCUACCAGGUUUACUUAUGUGUUGACACUUCUGGGACUAACUUCAUUGAGUGCCCAAUCGCCUCAAGUAGCCGCUGCUAUGGGAAGAUUGAAUUCCCUUCUUUCGGAUCACAUGGAAGAGAGGAUUUUCUGGAUCAUGAGGAACUGUAAUAGAGAUUUCAUGUCUUCAUAACCCAUUAGCUUACUUUGGUUAAUAAGAAUCUCUAAUGGUCAUAAAAAAGAGAUGCAGGCUGUAACAAUUUGGUUACUCUCACUCUUUAGCAUUGUUUUGUCUAGUUUUUUUGUAGCUUUGGGCUUUCUUGCUUCUUAACUUCCUCUUAUCUUUCAACAAA